GGGAAACCGCAGGCUUCGUUAUGUUGGCAGCUUUUAUUUCAGAAGUAGAAUUAGAAAAACCGAGUCGUCUUUUUCUAUUUAUGUCAGUAUACAUACAUAAUAUACGUGAAAAGGUCAAAAAUAAACCGGGGAUAGUUCAAUCGGCGUGCGGUUUUUCACGUUAAAUCCCCGUGAAAAUUCUACGAAGAAAAUUGGAAAAUUGCAAAACCCCAGUCCUUUAAGGUAUUCGUGAAUUUAUAAAUAGAAACAAUACGAAAUAAUAUAUCCUAUAAUUAUUAUGAGCAGAGAAGAAUGGGAAUGAAUAAGGGAGGCUGGAAAUUUGACGAGCAAGAGAAAGCUCUUUACAUCGAUAUCGACGAAGAUGAUGGUACAACCGGAGAAAAAGUGUACAGUGCAUGGGACCAAGUGCCAGAUAUAAUAUUAGAGGAGAUAUUUUCAUAUUUAACAACUCGAGAGCGUUAUUAUGCGUCAUUGGUCUGCAGAAGCUGGUACAGAGCCUUCAAAUUGCCCAACGUAUGGUCGAGAUUUACGCUGGAAGACAUGACUCUCACCAGAGGUAAAUAUAAUUACUACAGCGGAUGGCAGUACGUUCUGGAUCACAUCAGGACAUCAACAUGCCUCAACAAAGUUGGAAGGAACUUUCGAUCACUGACAUUCGAGCCAAUGUACAAUUUCUACAAUCUCUACGAGUUCAUGAACAUGAUAUCCUGGUACAUCGAGAAUCAGAGCUCGAAUGAUCCAGUGGUGUGUGGCGUUGGCACCCAGAUUCGACACUUGAAAUUCACAUUUCCCUGCAACAUGGCCAACAGCAGUGAUCCUGAGCAAAUAAAAAUAUUUGGAACUGGGGGAAAGCUCCUCGAAGCUGUCAAGAGACUUGCCCAGAAUUUGAAGUGCCUCAGAUAUCUCGAGUUCAUUGAUUUGAUGCUGGAUAGCAGAGAGGCUCUGUAUUUUCUCGAUGAAAUAUGCGCCAAUUGCACUGAAACUCUCAGGAAACUCGUGCUCAUCAAUGUCACUAAGUUUUACUGUCCCCUUUUGCAUGUCGGAGUUUUCAUCAAUCUAGAGGUUUUAGUCGUCAGCCCUCAGAAUCUGGAUGAGGAUGUCCUGGAGUUGAUUGGUCACACGAAAUUGGAGCACUUGCAUAUUUUACAAAAUCAAUAUAGUCCAGUGAAUUCUGUGAUUAAAUUGCCUAGGAAUGCAGCGUGGAUUAAAAUCAGAAAGAACAAUCCAAAGUUGCAAGUUCAUAUUGAAGUUGAAAGUAAAAAGCCAGAGAUGACAUUGCCCUUGGAAUUUCCAGAGCACAGUUCGAUACCUUGUCACAGUAUCAUCAUCAGGAAUCCAGUGGUCCAACUGGCGAAGGAGACCAUAAUGGCUCAAGCCAUUAAUUUUCGGUCAACACUAAAGACUUAUGCAGUGCAGGGAUUAUCCAAGUAUUACCUGUCCCGAAAGUUUUCACAUCGAAUGGAUUCAUAUCUCGUUCAACUCUGCAGAAGCUGUCCACAUAUAAACACUCUGAUGAUUCGAGACAAGAUAUCAACAGCGACGAUCCUGGAAAUAGCCUCAGUGGCGAAAUCCCUGAAAUAUUUAUAUGUACGUCGAAAUGUCGUUUUGAAAAAGUGCGAUAAAGAUUGGUUGAUGUAUGGGAAUUGGUCGGAGGAGCAUGAGAAUUGGGUAAAAUUAAAUAGUCAUGACUACGAGGAUACGGAACGUGAGGUAUCGAAGAUCUUAGGAUACAGAUGGCACAUGCUCUCCGAGAAGGAAUUUGCCAGUCAGACUAUUAAUUUACACUCCUAACGACGAGGUAAUAUGCCACUCCUUGAUUAUUAUUUUAUUACAGUUAAUUAUCAUAUUUAAAUUACAUCAAUUACGAAAUGUAAUCAAGUUUUUAAUUUUUAAUAUUCCCAGAAAAUAAAUACCAAUAUUUAAAAUUCAACAGCAAAGCUACGUAUCUAGUGUAAAACGUUACAGUAAGUUAACCUAUCAAAUCAUUUCUACGUCGUCGAUAUCAGAAUAUACUAUAAUUCAAUGAACUGUUCCUUGUUUAUCAAUAUUAAUCGACAAUUAUCGUGUUACAUCGUACAAAUAAAUAUUCCAUUCGACUGAAAAAAUAGGCAAUCGGUCAUGAUAAUUGAAGUGAAAAUUUAUCGACGAAAAUACAUAUUAUUUACACUUGAACUAUUUUGCGACCAGCGAAAAAUAUUUGACAAUUUUUUUAGCCAAUACAAAUAGUUUUGUCGUGCAAUUAUUGUAACAUAGAUUUUUUUUUCUCAUUGAUAAUCAAAUAAAUUGUGUGAUGAGUGAAUAGUGGGCUAAGAAAAGA